UUUGGAAGGUAAUGUCUUAUUCCAUGCGAGAUUGCCAACAGACCUUGCUCCUUAGGGUAGAUCGUAGGUGGCGAUCUUCAGAUUGAUUUGAUCCCAUACCACAUCCUCACAAAAAAUGCGUCUCUCCUUUGUCCUCGCCACUGUUGUUGCGUUGACUACAUCGAUAUCUGUCGACGGUGCUGACAAUGAGAACUGUCCUUUUUGGUGCAGACAUACUAGAGAAUGCAGAGAGUGCGAAUUUGCAAAGCAGUGCGUGAGUAUGAGUGGUUUGUGUCCUGGAUCUAUCUACAUAACUUACCGACAUGGUAGAUCAUCUUUGUAUGCGACAGUUGGUGAACAGGUAGCUGGAUUAUAUGCAGAUCGUACAGAGCCGGUUUUAUAUGGGCUUGCUUCGCGAACUAGAAUUGGGAAGGGAGGGGACGGGAUAAUUACCAUAGAUAAAUCUGGGUGUGAUGUAGACAGACUGUCGAGCCACCAUGUAAUUUCAUCAAAUGGGCUUUGAAAGAGCGGGACGCCCUGCGACCUGGUGCUUAUUUCGAGUUGAAGCAUUGCGACACAGUGGCACACAGUGUGAAUGGCAGAAUUGGACUAUAUACUAUAAAAAGCCGCAUUUAUCAGUAACAAUUCAUAUGAGACGCGCGCACCAUGCACGGUAGUGUGUAUGUUCUAUCUGUAUUCCUAUCGCCCUCUCCCGUUACUGAGCAGAAUGCAAAGGAAGCUAUUUUGACGCGGCAUGUAUGUGACGCAGGUGUGACAAG